UUGUUAAAACUUAGGACACCUCCUAUUCUCUUCUCCUGGUGAUCCGAUAUCCAUUGCAAAGAAAAACUAGUAAACAACGCACACGAAAAGAAAUCAAAGCAAUGGCUUCUCGAUGGAUCCGUCCUGAGGUGUACCCGCUGUUCGCGACCACCGGCGUGGCCGUGGGGAUCUGCGCGAUGCAGCUGGUGCGAAACAUCACCACCAACCCGGAAGUGAGGGUGACGAAGGAGAACAGGGCGGCUGGCGUGCUGGAGAACUUCGACGAGGGGAAGAGGUACUCCCAGCAUGGCGUGAGGAGGUUCUGGCUCUCCAAGCGCCGCGACUACAUGCAGGCCCUGGACAACCCCACCAACCCCUCAACCAAAAAAUAGACGCAAAAGUCAUACUUAUUCGAUGGGUACAUAUAUAUAUAUAUAUCGAUUUGAUUCUCGGCUUCAAAAUGCCUAUAUAUAAAUGAAUGAAUCGACAAUAAGUUUUCAACAUGGGGAAUAUCCAUGUUAGGACUUGCUACUUUACAUAUUUGUCCAUAUAUCUGUCUGUUUCUCUAGGAAUGAUCAUUUCCACUGUAAUUCCUUUUAUUUUCAAAAGGUAAAAAAAAAAAGAAAUACACUGCUAGCUAACUAAUAUUGUUCUGUUCUGCUGUAAAUACACAGCUGGCCGGUUUCCUCGCUGUAUUUAUAUGAUUGUGCUAUCAAUAUAUAUAAUAUUAUAUAACAAAUUUAUUUUA